AUUUUUUAUGGAGAAACCCGAGGCGCUAGGACGUUCUGAGCGAAAAAAUAAUUCGACCACACCAAGUUAGAACAAGAAAAAUAAAAUAAAUAAAAACGCAAUAGAAAAACGCAAAUGCAGUACAAUUAAAGGCGAGCGGCGCUCCAAGAUAAACAAAAGCAAUUAACCGUGUUCAGCGUACCUAGUAUAAGCCACGACAGUGGGUGUAGCCGCUGUGAAAGUGGACCUUUGUUUUUGGUUUUGAUAGCUUUUGUUUGUGGGAUUUGGAUGCGGAGCCCCAAGUGAUUUUCCAUAACAAGCCUCGACGGGAAAACCCAAUCGGCAGUGCGAAAAUGUCUCUGGCGGCGUGGCUGGUCCUCUGCGCUAUUCUGCAGACAGUUACCUGUUACUCGGUCCUCAUCACGGCGCCCGACCACGCGCUCCUCGGGUCCUCCGCCAAUGUGUCCGCCCAGCUCUUGGACAAGGGCGAACCCGCCGCCAAGGGCUCCUACAGGUUCACCUGGACCGACAGCGCUGGCCAUCGACAGGUGAUGGAAACAAGUAUCGCCAGCAGCAAUUGGAGUUUGACUUUCGCCCAGCAAGAGCCGACCACUCAUGUCAUCAAGGUCGAAGUCGAGAAGUACUAUUCGAUUCUUUGGCUUACAGAGGCCAAGGGCGAGAAGAAAAUUAAGUUGGAUAGCACGCUGGGCGGCAGGCUGGAGCUAAUUCAGAAGAAUGUGACGAGGCCGCACGACUUUGUGUCCACGCAGGAGGCAGUGAAUCACAGCAUAGCGCUGUCCGCCUCCGAUCUGGAGUUUCUGCGCGCGAAGGGCUAUCACAUCCAGACGUAUUGGUUCCAAAAUUGCACAUAUCUUGGCAUGUCCGGUGACCUGGAUUAUAUAGCAACAUAUCCGCAAGCUGAGCAAUCCUAUGACGUGGAGGCCCUAGUUGUGGCUUCGCUGGAGUUGCCUCCAGAGCCGACGCCCUCGACCACGACUACGACCACUACUACGACCACAACUACAACCACGACUACAACUACGACCACAACAACUACAACGCCUAAACCGACUACUACGACUAUUCCGACUACUACGACUACUUCGACCACCACCAGCACCACUCCGAAGCCAGCGCCACGUUCUAAACGUGACUUAAUCCAGGCCAUGCACACUAAUGCCGCUAUCCUUGGCCUGAAUCUGACUAAUGCGCUAAAGCAGCAAAAAGGGUCGGCUGGAAAUGUGUCUGUGGCUCUGGUCAAUCCGCUGGGAGUGCGCCGGCUGUCCAAGCUCAAUGUGCUGCCCGGCACCGAGCCUCCUUUUGACUGCGUGAGUAAGAAGUUCAUUGCGCAGGAUCCCAAGCAGAUUUACGGCUAUUUCCAACACCGAAUUGUGACCAGGGAUCCCAUCUCCGCCGUGGACACGAAGGGCAAAAACUGGCUCCAACACUGGGAAAUGCUUAGCCUGGAAGUCAACUGCAAGGGAUCGCCACCGUUUGAGUUUUGCUCAAAAGUCUUUACGGCUCCGUACAAUUCGACCGGAAAUGAGACGUGCGAGAUGUACGAUCCGAUGGUCAAUUGCUCAUACGAGUACAUGCGAUACUUCAGCGAAAGCAAGACCAUACUCUUCUUUAUAAGGAACGAGGUGUCGCAGACCCUCAAUCAGGUCACCAUUAACAUGUACGAAGCCCAGCGGCAGUCUCAGCUUUCUGUCGUUGUUGUGCCAGUUACGUGCACUUUGGUGGCCGUAAUCCUGGUGGUCUUCGGUGUGGCCUAUUACAUACAGCGGGGAAAUCGAUUUACGGUUGAAGUGGCCGACUUCAACUUCGGGGAUACACAGUCCGUGGACAUGGAGUACAAGACAUUCCCUCAGCGCCUGUUCGACAGCAUCCGCGAAGCGUGGUCGUGGCCCGGACAACGCCGCCACUCGCAGUCCAGUGCCGAUCUCAUGGCGGAUGAUCCGCCCAGUCCGGGCUUUGCCGGCAACGUGGGCGAUGUCGAUAGCAAUCUGCGCUAUAACACUUUCAACUAGGGCCUUCAGUGGGUUCAGGUUCCGUUGAAAUAUUGUUACCUUAACCUAAAUUAACCAAUUUAAAUUUAAUUUAAUUUCGACGCCUAAGUUGUAUGGCUCUGCUCUCUGCGAUAUAUAUUUCUUUGUAGGACUCGAAAGGGGGAGCAGGCGUGAUAAUUUUGUUAUUAUUUGUAUGUAUGUUUGGCGCACUGACUUGUGUGCUUAGUCAUUUUCUUUUUGUAUAUUCAUAUGUAUGUACCCGAUACAGAAUCUUCUUUAUGUUUACACAUCACCAUUUUCAUCCUACAUCCCUAUACCCCCCCAUCAACGCACACACUUGCUCAUCAAUGGCCAAAUGUCGAGUAGCAAGCUACCAUUUAAAUCGCAAUAUCAGCGAAUUCGGGAACGCAACUGCGGAUAUAUUGUUAAAGACUGUCUUUGUUCAGAAAGCAAAAGGAGUAGAAUUAACACUCCACUUAUGUUCGUGGCGAGUUUAAUGCUAGCAUAAGUCAAUUUGAUUGUUUUCACUUAACCGUCGUGAUCCAAAUUCUAAGACAAAGACACGCAUCUCACACUAACAACACACACUCACACGCGAACACACAAAUAUUCAUUGUGAUAGAUAAUAGAAACAACAGUAUGUAUGUUUAACUAAAACAAAAAGUUUAAAGAAAACUAUAUAAUUAUAAAGAUAAAA